GUGCUGGGGGGGGGGGGGUAGGAGGGCAGCAGUGAUCCCUGGCUGGCAGCAGUGCAGACAGUGCUGGAGUUGCCAGUUCAUCUUGUGGUAGUGCAGUCAUUGGUGCGUCGCCUUGCUAAACACAUCAACACCGUGAAUGCUCUCUUCCUGUCUCCUGCCCUGAACCAGAGUAGACCCGGCCUGAUCACUGCAGCUAACACAUUUGUGGUUGCGGGAGCCGAGUCACAAAUCCUGGAUGAGGACAGUGAUCCUGGAUCCGAAGAAUUUUAACGGGAUGGAGAGACGAGCACCUCGCAUGAUGGUAGGACUAAUGGUGGGCGUGGUGGCUAUGGUAGCUACUACCUUUCAGGUGACUUUCGCUGCUCCUAGCAAACAUCAGAGGACGUACGAAGGAUGGAAGGUACUGGAGGUGGAAAUGAAGUACGGGGCGACGGGUGGUCAGCCACAAGUGGAGUUGCUGGAUCUGGAUGACACCUUCAAUCUGCAGCUUUUGAGGCAGAUCAAACAUAGAGGCGUGGCGGAGGUGGCCUCUUCACCUCAGAUGUUGCCAGACUUUACUCAGUAUCUAGACAAUAAUAACAUUACCUACAAUAGUGUCUUGGAUAACCUCGCCAGGCUUUGCACCAAAAUCACCCAGAAGUUCAAAUUUUAUGAAAUGUCAUGUGAUUUUGAGAGCCUACUUGAGAUAAAUUUACCAAUGUAUAUCAUCUAG